UGUGAAUCUCCAGCUGCAGCUACCCACUCUCUGCACUCUGUGUCCUCAACCUAGUUAGUGGAUGCAAAUGAGUCCCAACGGAGAUGCAGAUUUCGACCCGAGCAAUCCUCCUCCAUUCAAGAUUGCCGAGAUCCGCGCGGCUAUUCCUAAGCACUGCUGGAUCAAGAAUCCAUGGAGGUCCCUCACCUACGUUCUCAGAGAUGCUCUCAUUAUCUUGGCUCUGGCGGCUGCCGCUCUUUACUUCAAUUCUUGGGGGGUUUGGCCCUUCUAUUGGGCUGCUCAGGGUACCAUGUUCUGGGCUGUCUUCGUUCUCGGCCACGAUUGUGGACAUGGGAGCUUUUCUGAUUCCACUUUGCUCAAUAAUGUGAUGGGCCAUCUCCUGCAUUCUUUUAUUCUGGUUCCUUAUCAUGGAUGGAGAAUUAGCCACCGGACUCACCAUCAGAAUCAUGGAAAUGUCGAAAAGGAUGAAUCUUGGGUUCCGCUGCCUGAGAAGAUCUAUAAUAGUUUGGAUUUGAUGACCCGGAUUAUGAGAUUUACUGUGCCUCUCCCUUUGCUUGCAUACCCUGCAUAUCUGUUUUCUAGAAGUCCAGGCAAAAAAGGUUCACACUUCAAUCCCUACAGCGAAUUGUUUGUCCCUAAUGAACGCUCUGCCGUCCUUACUUCCACCGUGUGUUGGAGCUUGAUGCUUCUUCUACUCGCUUAUUCCUGCUUCAUGUUUGGUUCCGCCCCGGUUCUUAAGCUCUACGGUGUUCCGUAUGUAAUUUUCGUCAUGUGGCUGGAUUUCGUUACAUACCUGCAUCACCACGGACACGAGGAGAAACUCCCCUGGUACCGCGGAAAGGAAUGGAGUUAUCUUCGCGGAGGACUUACAACAAUUGAUCGGGACUAUGGAUGGAUUAACAACAUCCACCAUGAUAUUGGCACGCAUGUUAUACACCAUUUGUUUCCUCAAAUCCCACAUUAUCAUUUAGUAGAAGCGACAAAGGCAGCAAAGGGAACGUUGGGAAAGUACUACAGAGAGCCAAAGAAAUCAGGACCGUUUCCAUUUCACUUAUUUGAAAAUCUAGCAAAAAGCUUCAGUGAAGAUCACUAUGUGGACGACGUUGGAGAGGUGGUGUUCUAUCAGACGGAUCCUGGGCUGUAUAAGAAAUUGGCAAAAUCUAAGUUAAUAUGAGAGUUAGUUUCCUUGAGGAAACAGCUAGCUAGUCAUUAGUAGUGUACGAGAGCUGCUAUUGUAGCUAGGGAUGUUCAAUGUUAUGGUGCUUUGUUUUGGCAAUAAUACUCUACUGUUACUUCUUUAAAACAAAAAAACAAAAAACUUGUUCUGCUCCUUA